AUGGAGGACGACAUGUUUGACGUCUUCGACGAGAAGGCUCCGAAGCGGACUGACAGUGGCAAGCAGGACAAGAAGAAGAGCAAGAAGCGCUCGCUCGACGGCGAGGUGAAGAGCGCCGAUGAUACACAGAUGAGCGACGCCCCCGUCAACGGCGGAACGGAAGUGAGAGACUAUGCGCAGGAUGGAUCAGCGGAGCCAGAGACGCGCGAGCAGAAGCGCAUGCGGAAAGCGGAAGAGCCUAUGCCCGUGGUCACAGACACCUUCGAAACUGAAGAGUCUCGCGAGGUAGAUGCGGCGGCGGGACUUCAAGCGCAGAAGGAUGACGAGGCCGUGGUGCUCCGGCAUCAAGUCCGCCACCAGGCUGCGCUGCCCCCGGACGCGAACAUCGAUUACAAGCCGCUGCACACGCACAAGCGAGUCGAGAAGCCCGCGCGAGAGUGGCCGUUCAAGCUCGACCCUUUCCAGGAGCUGUCUAUCUCGGCUAUUGAGCGCAAUGAGAGUGUGCUGGUGUCGGCGCAUACCAGUGCGGGCAAGACGGUGGUUGCAGAAUACGCCAUUGCGCAGUGUCUCAAGAACAACCAGAGGGUAAUCUACACCAGUCCGAUCAAAGCGCUGAGCAACCAGAAGUACCGUGAGUUCAGCGCAGAAUUUGGCGAUGUCGGCCUCAUGACCGGAGACGUCACCAUCAACCCGACUGCCACCUGUCUGGUCAUGACUACGGAGAUUCUACGGUCUAUGCUUUACCGCGGCAGUGAGAUCAUGAGAGAAGUCGCUUGGGUGGUGUUCGACGAGGUGCACUACAUGCGUGACAAGGAGCGAGGUGUCGUCUGGGAGGAGACGAUCAUUCUCUUACCAGACAAGGUGCGCUACGUCUUCCUGUCCGCCACCAUUCCCAACGCCAUGCAAUUCGCCGAAUGGAUCGCAAAGAUGCACAGCCAGGUGUGUCAUGUGGUCUACACCGACUUCAGACCGACACCAUUACAGCAUUACUUCUUCCCUGCAGGCGCCGACGGCAUCCACCUUGUUGUCGAUGAGAAGGGCGUUUUUCGCGAGGAGAACUUCAACAAGGCCAUGGCCACCAUUUCAGACAAAGCCGGCGAUGACGGCUCCAACCCCAUGGCUAAGCGCAAGGGGAAGGGGAAGGACAAGCGGGUGAACAAGGGUGGCCAGAAGGAGGGUCCGACGGACAUCUACAAGAUCGUGAAGAUGAUCAUGAUGAAGAACUACAACCCGGUCAUUGUCUUCUCUUUCUCGAAGCGCGAUUGCGAGCGGUAUGCGCUGCAGAUGAGCCAGCUGGCGUUCAACGACGAGUCGGAGAAGGCCAUGGUGACGAAAGUGUUCAACUCUGCCAUCGACAUGCUUUCGGAGGAAGACAAGGAGCUGCCACAGAUCCAGCACAUCCUGCCGCUGCUGCGGAGAGGCAUCGGCAUUCAUCAUUCUGGGCUGCUUCCGAUCCUUAAGGAGACCAUCGAGAUCUUGUUUCAAGAGGGACUGAUCAAGGUCCUCUUCGCGACCGAGACAUUCUCGAUCGGCCUCAAUAUGCCUGCAAAGACGGUCGUCUUCACCUCUGUACGCAAGUUCGACGGCGUCUCGCAACGAUGGGUCACACCAAGCGAGUUCAUCCAGAUGUCCGGGAGAGCAGGUCGUCGAGGUCUCGAUGAUCGCGGUAUUGUGAUCAUGAUGAUCGACGAGAAGAUGGACCCGACUGUUGCAAAGACGAUCGUGCGUGGCGAGCAAGACAAGCUCAACAGCGCGUUCUACCUGGGCUACAACAUGAUACUGAAUCUGAUCCGUGUCGAAGGCAUCAACCCUGAAUUCAUGCUGGAGUCCUGCUUCUUCCAAUUCCAGAACGCCGCGUCCGUUUCAGGUCACCAGCGCGAGUUGGAAGACCUGGAGCAGAAGCGCUUGGACAUGUUCAUCGAGAACGAGCAGGAGAUCAAGGAGUACUACGAGCUUCGGGAGAAUCUGACGAGCUACACCAAGGACCUGAAGGCUGUGAUCACAGACCCGCAGUAUCUGACCAAGUUCCUGCAGCCUGGUAGGCUAGUCAAGGUCAGGUACGAGGAUCACGACUUCGGAUGGGGCGCUGUCGUCAACUACGUGAAGGUCAGGCCCGGGAAGAACCAGAAGGAGGAAGACAUUCUGCGUGGCGCUUCGGUGGUCGUGGACGUCAUCAUGCCCAUUGCCGCAGACUCGACGGCACCACCCAUCGGCUACAAGCUCAACGACGAUCUCCCUCCCAAGGUACGACCCUCAAUACCAGGUGAGAAGAACAAGAUGGAAGUCGUACCGGUGAUGAACGGAACCAUCGACGCCGUGGGCCACAUCCGCCUGUUCCUUCCCCAGGACCUCAGAUCGCCUGAGCAGAAGAACGUCGUCCGCAGGUCGCUGGAAGAAGUUUCAAAGCGCUUCCCAGAUGGUGUCUCUAUUCUCGAUCCUAUCGAGAACAUGGGCAUCACCGACGAAGCCUUCAAGAAGCUCCUGCGCAAGAUCGAGAUCAUGGAGAACAAGUUCCUCAACCACCCCCUCCACAAAUCCGACCGCAUGCCCGCACUCUACGAGCAGUACGGCGAAAAAGUCGCACUCAACAAGAAAAUCAAAUCGCUCCGCAAGAAAAUCUCAGACGGCCAAUCCGCCCUCCAACUCGACGAGCUCAAGAACCGCAAGCGCGUCCUUCGUCGCCUGGGCUUCGUCAACGAAGCGGACGUCGUGCAGCUCAAAGCCCGCGUCGCCUGCGAGAUCAGCACCGGCGACGAGCUUGUCCUGGCCGAGCUGCUGUUCAACCGCUUCUUCAACGAGCUCACGCCUGAGCAGUGCGCGGCAGCGCUCUCGGUGUUCAUCUUCGAGGAGAAGAGCAACGAGAUGCCGACGCUGCGUGACGAGCUGGCGAAGGCGUAUCGGGACAUUAAGGCCGAGGCGAGUAAGGUGGCGAAGAUCAGCGCGGAGAGUAAGAUGGUGGUGAAUGAGGAGGAGUAUUUGCAGGGCUUCAAGUGCGAGUUGAUGGAGGUGGUGUAUGAGUGGACGCAUGGUGCGAGCUUUGCUGCGAUUUGCAAAAUGACGGACGUCUACGAAGGCUCCCUCAUCCGCCUCUUCCGUCGGCUGGAGGAGUUACUGCGGCAGAUUGCGCAAGCAGCGAAGGUCAUGGGCAGCGAGGAGCUGCAGCAGAAGUUCGAGGCGGCGCUGGGCAAGGUCCGGAGGGACAUUGUCGCCGCCCAAUCACUGUACCUAUAG